UCCUUGAUUUGUCAAUUACAUGAUUUGGAUAUAAUCUUGUGAUGUUAUGUAAAUGUCGUUAAGAGUUUUACAAGUGAAUGAGUAAAUAAAGUAGAAUUGUGAUUGAAAAGCGAUACAAAGGAGAAUAUUUCAAGCUGUGUAAUAAAAUAAUAAUAUUAAAAAUGAUUGCACAUCUAAAGUUUAAUUGUGGAUUUACAAUUCGUGCACAAGUUGUUGAGAAAUUUCUACAAUAUAAUUUCGUUUAGGUGUAUUUGUUCAUUUGAGCGUACAUGUAUACAUCAUACAUGCAUGUACUUAUAGCAGCCUGGAAAAACUUGCAGUAAACUAGAUAAGGCAGGCAGCUACUAAGCCAAAGAAGCAUAUUUUCACGGACACCAAUAGCAUGUAAUUUAGACAGAAGGCCUGAAUGAAUCUUUAGCACCUUCAAGGAUAUGUAAAGUGAGUAAAGGAAUGGAAUCGUAAUUAGUGGUCGAACAAGGGAUCACCACUGGGAAAUUGGUUCUUCAAGAACGGUGAUUAAUAAUUCGAAUUAACAACCGUGCAGGCAUGGUGACGUCACGGGCACCUGACGGAGGAUGGGGAUGGGUAGUGUGCGCUGCGACAUUCUUCAUUGGUUUCAUUACAGACGGGCUGUUAUAUUCAUUCGGCGUCAUCAAUGUAGAGCUUCUUGAGUACUUCGGUUCGUCAAGGGGUAGUACGGCUUUCAUUGCAUCAAUAUGCACAAGUAUUACCUUUCUAAUAGGUCCAAUCGUGUCAAUGCUUGUCAACAAAUUUGGAUGCAGAUCGGUUGCAAUAUCCGGGGCCUUGAUAACAUCUGCCAGUCAUCUCAUCAGUGUGUUUGCUUCAAGUUUGCAGUUCUUGUAUUUCUCAUUAGGAUUUCUUAACGGAAUUGGCUACGGGCUUAUCUACCUACCAUCGAUUGUUUGUGUAGCGUCGUACUUUGACAAACGACGAGCACUUGCAACAGGAAUAGGAGUCAGCGGUUCUGGAAUAGGAACUUUCGUAUUUAGCCCAGUUACAAGUCUACUUGUUCAGAAAUACGCUUGGCAAGGGGCAAUUUUAGUGCAUGCUGGACUGCUUCUUAACUGCAUCGCCUGUAGUCUUGUGCUUUUACCUCUGGAGAAACGAGAGACUGAUAACGAAAAGAAAUCUGAACAGGAAACUGCAGUAAAUAGGCGUGCACAUAUCGAAAAAAGCCAACCUAGCAACGACGCUUUUAUCGAACUACGGCCAAAGAGUCCGACAAUAAAGACAUUCUGUGAUCAUACCUCAAACAUAUCCACUGACAUAAUUGUUACCCUACCUGAAAAACAAGGCCUUUUAGAGCAAAAUGACUACAAUGGUCACAUUUGUACGACCAAGAAAACCAGUACUGAUCUGUCAAUAAAUGACAAGGGGAAAUCCACGUGUUCAUGGACUCAUCCGAUCUUACGAUGUAUUGCCAGUUUUAGGCGACAUUUUGAUUUUGGUAUAUUUAAGCUUGUGCCUUUUAAUCUGUUUAUGGUAUCAUCAUUCUUGAAGAAUCUCGGAUAUUAUGUUCCAUAUAUAUACCUUCCAGACACCGCCAUAGAAUUUGGUAUUGACGAACUGGAAGCUGCCUGGCUUCUCUCGAUAGUUGGUAUUACCAACACGGUUGCACGUGUCCUGUUUGGCUUCCUGUCGGACCGGAAGUGGGUCAAUCGGCUCUUUUUAUGCAACACGGCUCUUGUUAUCUGCGGCUGUUCCACUGUGGUUGCAUCCUUUAUGACGUCCUUCUGGUCUCUUGUCGUAUACUCGGCCUUAUUUUGAGCGUUCAGUGGCGGAACUGUCUCACUCACCUCAGUAUUACUGAUAGAUAUUGUCGGCAUUGAGAAGCUGUCAGACGCUUUUGGAAUGAUAAGCUUUAGCUCAGGAAUAGCAGUGCUCGCCGGUCCACCGAUAGCUGGUUGGCUUUACGACAUCUCAGGAAGUUACUUGGUUCCUUACGUUGGGGCAGGCGUAACUAUAGCAGCAAGUGGCGCCAUCUUAUGUAUUAUUCCUUUAGUUGAAAAAGAGUCUGCUUUAAAGUAGCAAUACACACAACAAUAUUCCGGUGUUAUGUGAGUUCUGACAAACUGUUUUAUUAAAAAUAUUAUCAUUACAAUAUUUGUUUUAUAUUAUAAAGAUUGAUCAUAUUCGUUAUUGAUCAUAUUCUUACUGAAAGGUGUGCUAGUUGAUAAAUGCAUUAUUUAUAUCAUGUAUGGUAUGACGAUGUAUGCAGUUUUAAUCGGUUUCAUGUUUAUAAAUAAAUCCCAAAACAUAUUUAUAAGAACAUACCAGUAACAGUUACAUUAGAACAACAUUGAAUAUUAUAUAAAUAUUGCAUGGCUUCCAGUGUGACAGUACAUAUUGUCAACAUGAGGGAAAUACUGUUACCCGAGGCCUCGAGUUCUGUAAUUAUUUCAGUAACAAUAGAUCUAAAAAUGUAACAAAAGACACAACAUGUAUUGAUAAUAACAGAUUGUACAACAAAUCAGCAUAUUCACUGACAUAAAUUUUAAAACAAAAUAUCAUUUAAACAAUAACCACAUUUAAUAAGAAUAGUUAAAGCUGCACUCUUACAGAUUGACCGUUUUGACCGUUUUUUUUGUCUUAGAAUGAGGCAUUUUAUGCGUAAAUGUAUUGAAACUAAUGAUACAAGAUUGCUGAUGAAAUAUCAGAUUCCAGUUCUUCAUAUUGGCGAUCGAAAAUUGAUGUUUUAUGGCUAAAAGUUCUACUGAAGCUUUAAGAAAAAUGUAAUUUUGGCGGUUUUCCAAAUAAAUGAGAUCUGUUCUAUUGUGAGGUAUCUUAUAUCACUGCA